GGAGAGAAACCCUAUGUAUGUAAGCAAUGUGGGAAAGCUUUUAAAACACAGGGAGAUUGUAAGAAUCAUGAAAUUAUUCACACUGGAGAGAAACCGUAUGUAUGUAAGCAAUGUGGGAAAGCUUUUACCAGACCUGGACGUUGUAAGGGACAUGAAAGAAUUCACACUGGAGAGAAACCAUAUGUAUGUAAGCAAUGUGGGAAAGCUUUUAACACACGUGUAAAUUGUAAUGUUCAUGAAAGAAUUCACACUGAAGAGAAACCAUAUGUAUGUAAGCAAUGCGGGAAAGCUUUUAACACAAGGCGAUACUGUAAGAAACAUGAAAAAAUUCACACUGGAGCGAAAUCCUAUGUAUGUAAGCAAUGUGGGAAAGCUUUUAACACACGUACAAAUUGUAAGGUUCAUGAAAGAAUUCACACUGGAGAGAAACCAUAUAGGUGUAAGCAAUGUGGGAAAGCUUUUAAAACACAGGGAGAUUGUAAGAAUCAUGAAAGAAUUCACACUGGAGAGAAACCGUAUGUAUGUAAGCAAUGUGGGAAAGCUUUUACCAGACCUGGACAUUGUAAGGAACAUGAAAGAAUUCACACUGGAGAGAAACCAUAUGUAUGUAAGCAAUGUGGGAAAGCUUUUAACACACGUGUAAAUUGUAAUGUUCAUGAAAUAAUUCACACUGAAGAGAAACCAUAUGUAUGUAAGCAAUGUGGGAAAGCUUUUAACACAAGGGGAUACUGUAAGAAACAUGAAAGAAUUCACACUGGAGAGAAACCCUAUGUAUGUAAGCAAUGUGGGAAAGCUUUUAACACACGUACAAAUUGUAAGGUUCAUGAAAGAAUUCACACUGGAGAGAAACCGUAUGUAUGUAAGCAAUGUGGGAAAGCUUUUACCAGACCUGGACGUUGUAAGGAACAUGAAAGAAUUCACACUGGAGAGAAACCAUAUGUAUGUAAGCAAUGUGGGAAAGCUUUUAACACACGUGUAAAUUGUAAGGUUCAUGAAAUAAUUCACACUGAAGAGAAACCAUAUGUAUGUAAGCAAUGUGGGAAAGCUUUUAACACAAGGGGAUCCUGUAAGAAACAUGAAAGAAUUCACACUGGAGAGAAACCCUAUGUAUGUAAGCAAUGUGGGAAAGCUUUUAACACACAUACAAAUUGUAAGUUUCAUGAAAGAAUUCACACUGGAGAGAAACCAUAUGUGUGUAAGCAAUGUGGGAAAGCUAUUUCCUUCUGA